AUGGCAGAGCUCGAUGAUAUCAACAACUUGAUUGAGAUGGCGAGGGAGAACUUCCCAUCUGUGCGCUACAAUCACAAGAUGUUGGAGUUCUUGAUGCUGCAAAUGCAGAAGCUGGAGCACCUCGAAAAUAUUGUGCAGAAAAAAAGGCUGCGCAAGCAGGCUGAAGGGGCCCCAAGCCCGUGGAGGAAUCUGUACAAGGUGAUUGAGCGCGGGGAACUGCUCAUCAGGAGACACGCAGAGCCAUUCGAUCUGCAGAAGUUCUACAAAGUUGCAACGGUGGAGGAAGGCGUGAAGGACCUUUGUGGGGGACUGAGGAAUUGUGUGGAGGAGCUCACCAUGGACGGAUGGCUUCCUCAGGGACGGGUAAACAUAAAGUACCACCUGGAGGAGGCGAGGGCAAAGGAGGACAGGACGUACAUGUACUGGUACCUUGCAUACAUCUUGGAUGGCAAGCAGAGUGGUCUGCAGCUCGAUGAGGCCACCCGCAAAGAAUGGGAGGGCCUGAAGACUGAGCAUGAGGGGCGAAUGGAGCGCCUACUGCUGAUCGGCGACAGCGAGAGAGACAAGAUCCAUUGGGGCAAACCCAUAGGCUCUGGUGGAAACUCGCAAGUUUUCUCCGCAAGGUGGCGAGACAUCGACGUGGCAGUCAAGAAGCUUGCCGACAGUGAGAGGCACCUCAGCCAAGAGGCCCUUGCGUCGUUUUUCACCGAGGUGGAGAUCCAGAUGGGCAUGAACUACCCAUUCGUGGUUCGUUUGUAUGCUGUCAGCAGAACUGGCUUGAUGCUGAUGGAGUUGGCGACAUCCAACUUGGCAGUGGUGUACCAGCAGGAGAUGUCGAUGACAUGGACCCUGAAGGCCAAGCUGCUGGCCCAGGCAGCUCAGGGCCUGGAGUAUGUGCAUGAUAGGGGGGUGGUGCACCGAGACGUCAAGAGCCUCAACUUCCUGGUAUUUGGCAACAAUUCGGCAACCUACACUGUCAAGGUGGCAGACUUUGGGUUGGCAUACAUGAAGACUGAGACACAGUCCAAGACGGGCAGGCAGCUGGGCUCCCCUCUGUGGAUGGCUCCUGAAGUGCACGAGGGCAAGUUCCACACCUUCAACUCCGACGUUUUCAGCUUCGGAGUUGUGAUGUUCGAGGUGGCUGCUCAGAUGUUGCCAUACAGGGGUGCUACUCCUGAGGUGCUGCUGGGGAGGAAGCGCAGAAAGAGGGACCCCUGCGUUGUGCCAGAAGACUGCCCCGAGGAGUUGCUGAAGUUGAUGAGGGCCUGCAUCACUCCGGACCCCCAUGACAGACCUAACAUGAAGUACGUCGCAACCAAGCUCAACGAAAUCUCACGACAGUGCCAGGAAGGGGCAAGCUCGAAGCCCUCAAGGGGUGGAUAUUUGGAGGACGAGCCUGUGGCCAAGGUGGAUCCCCUUUCGGAUUUAGAGACGCAUGGCUCUAGAGCCCAAAGACAAGGACCUGUGGGUUCCUACAGUGCCCCUAGAGCUGAAAGGCAAGGGCCUGUAGGGACCUCCAGCGUCUCUAGAGCCCAAAGGCACCUGCCCGUUGGCUCCUCCAGUGCCUCGAAGUGGUUCUCACGGUUCUCUAGGCAGCGGCAAACAGAGAGUGCCCCACAAGCCCCUCCCAGCCCCGCAGCCAGAAGGACUCCUUCACCUUCGUACCACCACAGGGAGACGCACAACAUGUCAGGGUCGGACUCAUACAAUGUGCCUGAUGGCAUUCGGAGCGCCCAGCACUAUGACAUGUCCAGCCUGUACACAAAUCACGAUGGUUAUGAGCAUCACCCUUCCUACAUGGUUUCCACACGUGAACAGAGGCCCCCUGUUCCUGUCGCAGGAGGAAGGAGGCCUCAUGGCGGCAGAGAUGGCUAUUCAAGGGAUCCAGGUGGUAGGGACCCGCCUUCAAGGGAGUACCGGGAUCCCCCUUCAAGGGAGUACCGGGAUCCCCUUUCAAGAGAGUACCGGGAUCCUGUUUCAAGGGAGUACCGAGAUCCCAUUUCAAGGGAGUACCGAGAGCCCGUUUCAAGGGAGUACCGAGAUCCUGUUUCAAGGGAGUACCGGGAGCACCGGGAGUCUUCUUCAAGGGAGUUCAGGGAGCCCAACUCGAGGGAGUUCAGAGAUGCCAAUUCAAGGGAUUUCAGUGCACGGGACCCGAAUUCAAGAGAUAACAGUUCAAGGGGCUCACGGGGUUCAUCUCUAUUCUAUUCCUCAAUGUCGGCAACUACCGAGGAAUGGAUCAGAGGCAAGGAGAUUGAGCUGAAGCGCAAUCAAGAU